AUGGGUGUUGGAUUUAUGGAAGAAAUCAUUGACGAUAAUCAUUUAAUAAUUUCUUCUUAUACGGGACCAGAAUAUUAUCUAAGCAUCUUAUCAUUUGUAAAUAAAGAUUUAUUGGAACCAGGAUGUUCAAUUUUAUUACAUAAUAAGAACUUUAUUAUUAAACCUCCGAAAGGUAUUAUCCUAUAUUGGGUCCCGGGAACAGGUAAAUUCGACAUUUCUAUCAACAAGGCAUCUGCAACUUUUUUGCGCGUUAUGGGUUCAGAAUUGAUCCAAAAAUAUCUUGGAGAUGGUUCAAAACUUUUAUGCAAAUUAUUUCGUAUUGCCGAAGAAUAUGCACCUUCCAUUGUAUUUAUUGAUGAAAUUGAUGUUAUUGGAACUAAACG